UCCAUGUGCAAAAUGGCGAAAAUGGCAAAUUUCAAAGUUGGUGACAUUGUUUGGGCGAAAAUGAAGAGCUUUCAGGCAUGGCCAGCCGAAAUCAUAGAGCCCAAGCCAGAAGUCAAGCGUCCUGCACAGAAAAAGCCACAUCACUUUGUCCUGUUUUUUGGUUCGAAAAAUUUUGCUUGGGUGUGUGAGGAUUCCAUCUGGCCAUUUCAACAGUACAGAGCCAAGUUCACACUGACAAAUCGUGUCCCGAAAGGAUUCCGUGAAGCCAUCGAGUCUGUCGAUGAUUGUUUAAGAUCACAACCAGAGCCGGCGGGAGACCUACCUACGAUAGACGAUGAAAUUGCCGCCAUCUUUCCCGAGAAGGCAUCGCCACAUCAACAUAAAGACUACACCAGAGAGCCACUUACGGGCAAAAAGAAAACUGGUGAUGAUCAUACCAAAAUUAAGCAGAAAAAAGAUUCGAUGGGGAACAAUAAAUCCGUAGAUAAAUUACAAAAAGAAAAGAAGGAAAAGAAACUGAAGCGGUCAAGUUCUCCAUCUGGACAGAAAAGUUUAGCCAGUAAGAAACAGAAGCUUGUCGUCAAGAUCCCAUCGCCAGUUCCCAAGAAAAUGGACUCAGACAAUGAAAAGUCCACCAAUAAAUCUACGAAAUCGCCACCAUCACCAUCACCUGACAGUAAACUGCCGUCGUGGGUCAUGAAACCAUCAAGAGAUACUCCCCCUCGUGAUGACGGAAAAUAUGACUUUUCUGACGAUGACUUUGAAUCGGGCACACAAUCGCAGAUUGAUAGGGCGGUCAACGCUGUUGGAGCAUUUGAUAAAUCGGCCACAUCUACAGACUCGUCGACACCAAGAUCAGGCCCACCCGGUCAGCCUAUCUCACCAAGCCAACACAAUACAUCAAACUCAACAAAUACGUCAUUAUCAGAUACACCAACUGGCAUACGGUCCCUCGACUCGGUGCCGGCCAAAAACAUCAUUCCGACGCCCAUGAAGAUUGGUUACCUUGGCCUCGGCAUCAUGGGACAAGGCAUGGUGAUGAAUUUACUGAAGUCGGGACACGAGGUGACUGUCUGGAACCGAACAUCACAUAAGUGUCGAGAUUUUGUAAAGCUGGGUGCCUUAAGGGGAAACAGUCCAUGUGACGUUGUGCAAUCAUGUGACAUCACAUUCUCAUGUGUGUCCGAUCCACAGGCACUGAGAGAUCUUGUGUUUGGUAACAGUGGAGUGAAUCAAGGCAUCCGACCUGGCAAGAGUUUUGUAGAUAUGUCAACAGUCGAUGUUGAUACGUGUACAGAUAUUUAUGAGGCAGUGACAGCAAAAGGUGGACGAUUUCUUGAGGCACCAGUGGUAGGCAGUCGACAGCCUGCACAUGAGGGACGGCUAGUUAUCUUGGCAGCUGGAGACAAGUCCUUGUUCGAUGACUGCUACUCGUGUUUUGAGGCCAUGGGCAAGAAGGCGUUUUUCCUUGGUGAUGUUGGCAAUGGUGCCAGGAUGAAACUCCUGUCGAACAUGAUCAGUGGCGUGAUGGUCGCCGGACUCGCUGAGGGCAUGGCACUGGCUGAACGAGUCGGGGUCAAGCAAGAGGAUCUGUUAGACAUCUUGAGCAUGGGAGAUAUGGACUCACACUUACUCAGACAGAAGGGACAAGCAAUACUUAUUGACGACUUUGAUCCCAACUGCCCGUUACAACAUCAACAAAAAGAUCUCCGCCUUGCCAUUGGUCUCGGCGAUACCGUUGAUCAACCUUUACCAGUCACAGCAGCGGCAAAUGAGCUGUACAAAAAAGCCAAGGCCAUCGGCUAUGGGGAGAACGAUGUGAGUGCAGUAUACAAAGUCACCUACCUUUGAAAAGGCACAGUGAACAUUUGGACAUAUCUCUGUGACAAGUUCAAAUCCGCUGGGAAUGAGUCCCAGGUCUGUUUGACUCCAAGUAGAUAAAGAAGAAUUCAUUUUAACGUCUGGAUUGAUUUGAAUGGUUGGCAUUUUGAGAUGCAACAACGAGUGUUUCAAUGACAGGAGACUGGUCCGUUAGCAAGUUUGGUGGUGACUAUACCAAACUUUGAAUGACUUUCUGGUGGGAAAUACAAAACAGGACAAGGACAGUACGGAAUUGCAGCACUAUUUAUUAAUUUCCCAAACCUGUUACCUAGUGUUGUGACAGUUCUUCUCGGGUGAACACCGAUGAUAACUUUUCUUGAGGUAGCACUGUGUCUUGAGUAUUAGACAAACAAGAAUUUGAUGCAUUCAUCAUCAAAUUGCGUAUUUUGUUUGGAUAAAAUUCUGAGUUUAACAUUUAAUCCCAGAUUUUAAGGCAAUUCUGCUCGAAGACUGCCUGUUUUGAGCCUAGUGUGUAUUUUAUUUGGAUUGUAGUCCCAUGUUAUGAGAAUGAGUGCAUUGCACUGCAAUGAUUAUUUUUAUGAGUUUAGCCAGUAUGUGGGUAUGUUGUAGACUGUAUUAUUAAACCCUAUUUAAAGGGUUUGUGCUGAAAGUAUCUGAUGUCUGAAAAACAUGAUAUUCUGUCUGGUCCGAUCAAGAUUCGUUGACCGUCGUCGAAAUAAUGCAGAAAAACGAGGCAUUUGGCUCGUGUCAACUUAGCUGUAGCUACUGAGGUCAGAGCAGUGCUUCACAUCUUGAUUAUUUCCCUAUCCUGUUCGGUUUCUGGUUGUCUUCUAGUGGCCAGGUAUGAAUCUUGUUCUUGGUUUUCUCUGAUCUUGUGCCUCAUUGACAACCGUUUGUAGGUCGAUGAAAAAACCUUUGUAUGGAGUUACCAGAGGUUCGUUAUUACUGGGAACCACAAAAUCAUGGAGUUCAUUGUCAAGUUACACGACUGUCUUCUAGUAUUUUUUAGUUCUCUGUACUAGCCUCAGCACUGAUACAUCAUACAGCUACAGAAUAUUAUAGAAAUAUUAUAAAAUCCAAAUGUAGACUUUUAUUUCGGUAUUUUUACAAAGUUUUUCAAUGGACAGGCCUUUAUUGGUGUGAACAUGUAAUGUUACCUGCAUAUUUAUUGUCCAUUUUGUAAGAAGACAUUUAGUUGUGACAGGAAAGACUGGAAACAGAAGGGCAGAGCGUCAUGCGUCAUUGCAGUGAAAAAUGGUACAGUAGAACCUCGGGACUGACAGGUUCUGUCCUUUACAGAGAGGUGUCCUGAUUAGAGAGGUCAAAUUGAAUGGAAACAACCAGUUUGUGACCAAAAAGUUGUCCACUAAGGGAGGUUCCAAUGUUUUACGUUUGUGUUAUUGGAGGUUCAGAAAUCUUUUUGGUUUCCUCAUCAUUUGUUGCAGCAACAUGAUCUGACACUUAAUGUGCCACAUUCAUACUAGACCAUGAUUCAAUAAGUGUUUAACAUGUAGUUGUUAUAGUAGCUUUUCUGUAAAUCGCCGCCUGAAGUGUACAGUUAUUUGAAACUGCUAUUUUAACAUGUACGACUGACUGUAUGUACCAAAAGUAAUAAUGUCAUUUCAUUGUCUUUAGUCAAGCAUUUGUAUAGUUUACUGUUUUAGAGAGUAAAGGUCAUUAAGCAUACUAUCAA